AUCGCAGUCAAUGACGACAUGAGUGGAGACAAUGCGGUCACCAAUGGAUCAGUUGUUUUGGUGUUGGACUCAAUGGACAGCAAUAGUGGCGCUGAAGACGUGAAUGGAUUACGACUGAACUCACAGACGACCCCUUCCUCUGAGUCUUCACUUGAGUUCAGCAAAGACUCUUUCGAUCGAUUCGGUGACCAUUUGUGUCAACUGUUGUUCAGUUAUCUGCCAUUUGAAGAGCACUUCCGACGCCAAUGUCUGUCCAAACAGUUCCAGAGAUGUCUUGACGUGUCUCUCGAUGUCCUCACUAUCACUGACACACUGUUUGCCAAAAUGAGCGCAAAAUCGGGAUCUUUUGGAACCCAU